CAGCUGACGUUUCGACGUGUUACCAGUCUGCUCUUGAAUAAAAUCAAAAUUUUAAUUGUGUUUCGUGUUUUUUGUUCUACUCUCGUGUUUUAGUGUCGUUAACAACAACUUUUUAAAGGGAAUAACAUCAAUUCUGAACAUAAUCAAAAAUGGAAGAUGACGAUGAAAAGCCAUUCGCUAUCGAAAAAGCCAAGACUGGAAGAGCCAAGUGUAAAAAAUGUAAAAAUCCUAUCGACAAGGAUGAAGUAAGAAUUGCGAGAAUGAUGGCCAAUCCUUUUGGCGAAGGGAAAAUGAAAGCUUGGCACCAUGUCAAUUGUUUAUUUGAAGUUUUUGCUAAACAACGUGCCACUACCAAAAGAAUCGAGGAUCCAGAAGCUGAUAUCGAUGGUUGGGCGGAGAUGGAUGCCGAAGACAAAAAAGAAAUUAUGGAAAAGAUAUCUGAAUUUGAGGAUUCAGAUCCUUUCAAAGCAUUGAAAAAGAAGAUGAAAGCCAAAGAAAAUUCUAACUUUGACUCUUCGGCGAAAAAGAACAAAGAGUCGAUUGAUAAAGCAAAAAGUGAAAAAGGGCACUCCAGUAAAACUGAGUCAACUUCGCCAAUUCAAACGAUUCCGAAGAAAAUUAGCCAAGAUGACAAAUUUUCCGAAUUCCAACGGUUAUGUCAUGAUAUAUCAAACGAAAGUUCAUACCUGGAAAAAACGGCAAUUGUAAAAAAGUUUUUUACCCAAGGAUCUCAAAGUAACGGAUUUCAAAGUGACAUUAUUCUUUGGUGCAGAUUAUUAUUGCCACUGGCGGAAAAAAGAAUUUACAAUCUUCAGAGCAAAGCCUUAAUUAAAUUAUUUUCACGAAUACUUGGCCAAAACGAGGAUGCGAUGCUCGAAGAUUUAGAACAAGGUGACGUUGCGCAAACGAUCGAAAAGUUUUUUGAAAAAAGCUCAGUUAUCAAACCUCUUAAAACGAGUGAAUUAACUUUACAAGAGGUUGAUGAAUUUUUAGAUAAAUUGUCAAAACUUACGAAAGAAGAUGAACAAACAUAUCACUUUAAAUCAAUCGUUAAAAGAUGUACCGCCAAUGAUUUAAAAAUGAUUAUUCGUUUAAUUAAACGAGAUCUUCGAAUUAAUACUGGUCCUAAGCACAUAUUGGCUGCAGUUCACAAAGAUGCUUAUACAGCUUUCCAAGUUUCCCAAGAUCUUGUAGGGAUAAUAAAAAAAUGUUUAGGGAUUACCCCGAGUUCGCCUGAAGUUAAUGCCGGAAAAAAAGCCAAACUAGCCAACCUUUCGUUAAUGACUCCUGUGUUACCCAUGCUGGCAGAAGCAUGUAAAUCCGUCGAAAUGGCUAUGGAAAAAUGUCCUAACGGCAUGUUUUCGGAAGUGAAGUACGAUGGUGAACGUGUACAGGUUCAUAAAAAUGGAUCUGAUUUUCGAUAUUUCAGCCGAUCGCUAAAACCAGUUUUACCUCACAAAGUCAAUUUUUUACAAGAAUAUAUUCCAAAAGCCUUUCCGUCGGGUGAUGAUUUGAUAAUAGAUGCUGAAAUACUGAUGAUCGAUACUCGUAACGGGCAACCAUUACCAUUUGGAACAUUAGGGGUUCAUAAGAAAAAUGAAUUCAAGCAUGCAAAUGUUUGUUUAUUCAUUUUUGACAUUAUAUUUUACAAUGGCGAAUCACUUUUAGAGAGAACAAUAAAGGAGCGAAGAAAAUUAUUAGAAGAAAAAAUGAUUCAAAUACCUAAUCGAAUUGUAUUAUCGGAAGUUGAAGAGUUGGAUGAUCCUGAUAAACUAGCAAAAAUGAUAUCUAAAGUUUUCAAAUUAGGUUUGGAAGGAUUAGUACUCAAAGAUUUAAAGAGUAAAUAUGAACCAGGAAAAAGACACUGGUUAAAGAUAAAAAAGGAUUAUUUGCUGAAAGGAGCCAUGGCUGAUACCGCAGAUCUCGUUGUUAUCGGAGCUUGGUACGGCACAGGUCAAAAAGGUGGCAUGAUGUCUAUAUUUUUGAUGGGUUGUCAUGAUCCUACACGGGAUAAAUGGUUAACUGUAACAAAGGUACAUUCAGGACACGACGAUGCCACCUUAGCUUUACUUCAGAAAAAACUUGACAUGAUAAAAAUCAGUAAAGAUCCAAAUUUAGUACCCAGUUGGUUAAUCGCCAAUAAACCUAUGGUGCCUGAUUUUGUUGCAAGAGAUCCCAAAGUAAAUAAAAUUUAUGUUCAGAAACAACCUGUGUGGGAAAUAACAGGAGCAGAAUUCACUAAUCAAGGUGUACACACAGCCGAUGGUAUAAGCAUUAGAUUCCCUCGAGUAACGCGUAUUCGCGAUGACAAGGAUUGGAAGACUGCGACAAAUCUACAAGAGCUUCAUAAUUUAUUCAACAAAAGUGCCGAUUCCGUUGAUUUUUUGUUGCUUCAAGGAGGAUCUGCCACUGAUUCGGAUAAUGCCAAGUCAAAGAAAAAAAUCAAAGCAGCAUCUAGCAAAGUCGCUGCAGACACAAGAAAAGUAGAUGAAACUGAAGCGAUGGAUGAUGAAUGUGUAUCAGCAAACGAAACCAAAAGUUCGGAAAGGAAAAGAAAAAGAAAGUCGCGUGACGAAACCGAUAGUGAUAUAAAUGAAACGUCCCCCAAAAAGUCUAAAAAAACAAUGCACACUAGUGAAGAAAAAGACAAAGAUGAUUUAUAUUAUAGUGAUGUCAGUAUUGAUGGACAGAAAAAGGCUGCAUAUUAUUCUUUUAUUGGUACAGAUUAUAUAGAGCACGAUGCAUCUGGAUAUCCAUUAAAUUGGGUUGAGGGUCGGAAACCUCAUCUUCUUCCUAAAAAUGCCAAACCUAUAAGUGAAUUAGACAGAGCAGAAGUGAACGGACGAUGUAUAUUACCGAAUGUGCGCGUUUGUUUCGCCAAGGAUUUGAGUUACGAUAAAAUGAGCGUCGCUCUACGCACAUUGAAAACCCUUGGGGCAGUAAUUCUUUCAAAAUCGGAGCGUUCCCAGGCCACUCAUGUGAUUCAUGGACGUACGAGUAUCCCUGCAACGUUUUGUAACGUGGAAUCAGGUAUCCCCAAGUUGGCAAGGCAUGUUACCGAAGAAUGGAUUAAUGCAGCGGUGGCUCGCUGUAAAACUCCCAACGCCGUAGACUUCGCAGUUACUUUGUCAGAAACUUAUUGCUCUUGUUUAUGUGCUCGUCACAAAUAAAAUUUAAUAUGACUUUGUGGUUGCCAUAUACAAGUUUCACAAUUUAAACACAGCCGUGAAAUUGAACAAAUUGAAGUGAGCUGAGGAAGCGGCCUUGAUUACGGAAUUUCACAAGUAAUUUUUGAAGAUUGUUUUUGAGAUUUGAAUUUACUAGGAAAGAAAUUUAAAAAAAAAUAUGUACAUAAAUGUAAAUGAAUGAUGUGACGUAAAUAGAGUCAUUGCUUACGAGGACGUCAGUGUCACUGCGACAACAAUUUACAAACAAAAGGGUAGCCUUUGAAGUCCUGUAAACUUAUUUAAAAUGUAAACUUUUUUUACAUUCAACAACUCAAAUCUUAUC